GAACCUGCCCGACGCUCAAGCCCCGCCCACUUCCGGGCGGAAGUGCCCUCAGAGCAGCCCCGAGGGCAGUUUGGGUGGAGACACUCCGGCCUGGAACCGGCGCUCUGUGGCCUUAGGUGACCUCACUUCCGGCGGCGCUGUCGCUUCCGGCGUGACUCGUUGGUUCCGGCGAGCGGCGAGCGGCGGUGAAAGCAUGGCAGAGAACAUCGGGGCCAAGCUGGGCCGGUACAAGACGGCGCCGUUCGACAGCCGCUUCCCCAACCAGAACCAGACCCGGAACUGCUGGCAGAACUACCUGGACUUCCAGCGGUGCCAGCGCGCCAUGGACGCCCGCGGUGCCGACGCCGCCCCGUGCCAGUGGUACUUCCGCGUGUACACGUCCCUGUGCCCCACCUCGUGGGUGACCUCGUGGGACGAGGCCCGUGAGGAGGGGACCUUCCCCGGCAAGAUCUGAGCUGUCCCCAACGCCGGUGACACCGCGGGGGGAGGGGACACUGCCACCCCCCGGGGAGGGGACACGGCUGUCACCCCCGGGAGGGGACACGGCUGUCUGUCACCUGCUGGGGAGGGGACACGCGGUGGCACCGCCAAUAAAGGGUUAAAAACUGG